GUCCCGUAUGCAAGCGGGGCGCUGUUCGCCUGGGAUUAUGAGAUCAUCGACUCGCCCCACCCAGGAUUCCCUGCUUUAUAUGUCUCCGUACAGCUUUUUCAGCAAUUGCCAGCAUAAUCGACGAACAGGUACAGAGAGAUCGAAUUUAAUCAGCGAUGGCUAAUCGAGGUCCAAGUUACGGCCUGAGCCGCGAGGUGCAGGAGAAGAUCGAACAGAAGUACGACCCUGAUCUGGAGGCGCGUUUGGUGGACUGGAUCGUCGCGCAGUGUGGUGGUAAUGUGGAACGGCCACUGCCUGGAAAAAACAACUUCCAGACCUGGCUAAUGGACGGGACUCUGCUAUGCCGGCUGAUUAACAGCCUCUACCCUAGAGGUAAGGAGCCCAUUAAGAAAAUCCCUGAGACUCAGAUGGCCUUUAGACAGAUGGAGAAAAUCUCCCAGUUCCUGAAGGCAGCUGAGGCCUACGGCGUCAUCACUACAGAUAUAUUUCAGACGGUGGACUUAUGGGAAGGGAAGGACAUGGCUGCUGUGCAAAGGACACUGAUGGCUCUGGGAAGUGUAGCUGUCACCAAGGAUGAUGGGCAUUACCGUGGUGAUCGUGAAUGGUUCCACAAGAAAGCUCAGGGACACAGACGAGAGUUUUCAUUGGAGCAGCUCCGUCGGGGCCAGAGUCUCAUUGGGCUUCAGAUGGGCAGCAACCAGGGAGCAUCUCAGUCGGGCAUGACAGGCUCUGUACUCUCCUGGCCCACCCCAUCUUGUCAACCCACAGCAUCUCUUCUUGAGAAUUCUGAACACACAUUGGUAAUAUUCACAUUCAUUCCUGUGCCUUUUGAAAUCUCUACAUUGGACUUAUUACUUGUGCUUCUUUUUGUAGUGUCAUUUAUCCCAUCUGAUAUCCGCACAUCUGGCUCAUUUGACUAUUUUGUAGUGUUUGUUUCAGGUUUAAAUUUAUCAGAGUAAAUGUAAAAUAUACCACAAUAUGUUUUGUUUUAUUUAAAGUAGUGCAUUGUAUGUAGUUACUUUAAUAUUAUUAUAAAUAAGAACAGUAUUGCAUACUCUAAUCAUUAUGAAAUGACUUUUCCUAUUUAUUUAUUUGCUGUAUGAUUUAUAUGAUUAAAUUUUAUUUCUGGGUUUGCUUUUGGAGACUGAGUAGCAAUUAUUCAGUUCUUUUGUCCAUUCAAAAUUAAUAUUUGAAUAUGUGAAAAAUUGGUGUUCUCAAUGUCUAUUGUGCAUGAUUAAAGAACUAUUAAAAUACUACAGUAAAUAUAUAUGCACAUACUGUAUGACAUAUGAAAAAAAAAACUACCAAUAAACUAUGAAAUUCCA